GUCUCUGUCUCUCCUCUUCCUUCUCCAGCGAAGUUUUCUUCCACCGAUGGAUUCCAUUGCUGGAUUCGGCAGUUCUUAUGAAAUUAGCAGCAGCACUACCUUCUUCGCCGCACCUACGGAUCACACCGACUCAUCUAUUCUUUAUCACACACCCGAUGUAUCAGCGCUGCAACGUCUCUCCAACAGCCUCGAGUCCGUCUUCGACUCCCCUGAAUCUUUCUACAGCGACGCCAAGCUUGUUCUCUCCUGCGGACGUGAAGUACCCUUCCACCGUGUCCUUCUCGCAGCGAGGAGCCCCUUCUUCCGUACCGCGCUGACCACCGCCGGCGUGAAGCUCGAGCUGAAGAACAUCGCCAAGGAUCACGUCGUCGGCAUUGACUCGGUGGUCGCCGUUUUAGCAUACAUCUACACCGGCAGAGUGAAACCCCCGCCAAAGGGAGUCUCCGAAUGCGCAGACGAGGGUUGCCGCCACGUGUCCUGCCGUCCCGCGGUGGAUUUCAUGGUGGAGGUUAUGUACUUAGCUUCCGUCUUCGAGAUUCAAGAACUCGUUACGCUCUAUCAGAGGCAUUUACUUGACGUUGUCGACAAAGUUGUAGUAGAUGACAUAUUGCUCGUACUCAAACUUUCUAACAUCUGUGGUGAAGCUUGCAAGAAGCUAACAGAAAGAUGCGUAGAUAUUAUUGUCAUGUCUGACGUCGAUUUAGUUACUCUUGACAAGUCCUUGCCGCAACACAUUGUCAAUGAGAUAGUUAAAGUUCGUGAAGAUCUCGGCUAUGAGGUGGCUGAGACAGAGAAACAUGUGUUGAAUAUAUACAAGGCACUUGACUCUGACGAUGUCGAGCUUGUCAAGAUGCUUUUGACUGAGGGCCACACUAACCUUGAUGAUGCCUACGCUCUUCAUUUCGCUGUUAAGUAUUGCGAUGUUAAGACCGCGAAUAAUCUCCUUGACCUAAACCUUGCCGAUGUCAACCUUAGGAAUCCAAGGGGAUACACGGUGCUUCAUGUCGCUGCCAUGCGCAAGGAGCCUGAUCUGAUACUAUCUUUAUUGACAAAAGGGUCACGUGCAUCGGAAAUGUCUUGGGAAGGUAAAACGGCUCUCUUGAUUGCGAAACAAGUCACUAUGGCGGCUGAGUAUAAUAAUCUUGCGGAGCAAUGUAAGCCUUCUCUCAAAGGUAGGCUAUGCGUAGAGAUACUAGAGCAAGCGGACAAAGGGGAUCCGUUUCCUAGAGAUAUUUCUCCCUCUCUUGUAAUGGCGGACCAUGACCUGAGGAUGAGGCUGCUCGAUCUUGAAAACAGAGUUGCACUUGCAAAACGUCUCUUCCCAACGGAGGCACAAGUUGCAAUGAAUAUUGCCCAAGUGAAGGGAACAUCCGAGUUCAUGGUGUCUAGCCUCAAGCCUAAUCGUCCCGCUGGUGCAAAGAGGACAUCACCGGAUCCAGAGAUAGCACCUUUUAAAAUCCUAGAAGAGCAUCAAAGCAGAUUAAAAGCACUAUCCAGAACCGUGGAACUGGGGAAGCGCUACUUCCCACGCUGUUCGGCAGUACUUGAUCAGAUUAUGGACUGUGAUGACUUGACUCAACUGGCUUGCGGAGAUGAAGAAGACACUCCUGAGAAAAGAGUACAAAAGAAGCAGAGGUACAUGGAAAUACAGGAGAUUGUGAAGAAGGCUUUUACUGAGGACAAGGAGGAACAUGGGAAAUCGUCUCUCUCAGCUUCGUCUUCUUCCACGUCGAAAUCAAUAGCUGUAAAGAGGUCUAAACUCUCCCAUCGGCGUCGGAAUCAAUAGCUGUAAAGGGUAUUAUUUUACUGUACCAUAUAUUAUUCUGUUUCAUGAUUGUUUACUCUCCUGUGUUUUUUAGAUGAAGGUGUGUCAAAAAAAAUAUGAUGUAACUUUUGAACCAGUGGUAAUCAGAUUUGUGAUCUA